GAGUGAGCCAAACAGAGGAGGGACAAAGAGCAGAGAGGGAGAGAGUCAUAAAUACCAUAAUUACAGCUUAGGCAGAAAUAAACGACGCACUCUCCUGGUUCCACAGGCUGCCAGCGUCCCACUGACACCACUCUUUUCUCUGAGCUGCUGUUUGAACUCUAUUGUACUUGGACUUAUUUUUCAACAGGGUUUUUGUCCAUCAUUAUUUCGAGAUAUGGAUUUGCUCCUGGAUUCUGGCUAAUUAUGAGAGAUUUCUUUCUCCCAGUUUUCUCUAAGGCAAACCGGAUUUUAAACUUAUUUCACUCACCAAAAAAAGUAUUGGGAAUAAUUCGUCAUGUCUGUGACUGCCCUGUUCAGGGGCAAGUGGGGGCAGAAGACCCAGGAAACCCCAGAGAAGCAUCCAGCUGCUGCGCUUCAACCCAGUCAAGAGGAGAACGAUGACGAAGAUGACUCUAAAGUUGGUUUCAGUAGAGAGACUAUCCGCAGGAACUCACGCUUUUACCGGUCAAUGAGGAAAAAGAGGAUGGUGUCAUCUGAACAGCCAGACAGUUCUGCCAGGCCCGGUUCUGACCACAGUCCAUCCAACAGACCAGGAGUCUCCCACUCCAGUUCUCCUUUACCCCACAAAUCACCUCUGUUGCUCGGGGCUAGACGCCCUCCGCCGUCACCAAAGCUCCAAGAUUCCAGAACUGUGUUGCCAAGCAAUGGUGAGGCCAGCAGCAGACAUGCUCUAUACAACAAGGAUGCUGUGGACAAGAGAAGAGGAGGUGUGGGUGGAGGGAGUGUGGACACAUCGGCUUCCUCCAACAGCCAGCAAAGAGAUUUUACAGAUGACAGGAUCACUUACCGGACUCACCGCAUCCACAGUGGAGACAUAAGAAAGCUAUCUGAACAAACAGCUGCAGUUUGCACUGUACAGGAGGUCAGAGGGAAAGCCAUGAGCUCACAACAGUCCAGUCCUGACAGAGCGCUCCAGGAUUACAACCUCAGGUUGCUGAGCAAUGGAGAACGCUCUCAGACAAUCUGCCACAGUCUCAACAUCAUCAAAAACAUUGCCUUCUUGUACCAGGAGUACCGGGAUACCUCCAAGCAGCAGGAGAUUGAGCAGCGGCGGCAGCGGGACAACCUUUCCCCCGGGGUCGCAGCAGAGACUGUGGUGGCAGAGCCCGGCGUCGUGUCCCCCCCAGCGUUACAGCUGCAGCUGAGGAACAGUGCUCGCUCGCUGAGCCUGUGGCAGAACCUGGAAGUCGUGCAGGCCAGCGGGCUGCUCACCCAGUUACCACAGAAAGAAAUCAUAAUGCAAGAGGCCAUGUUCGAGCUUGUUACCUCAGAAGCAUCUUACUACAAGAGUUUGGAAAUUUUAGAGACUCACUUCCUUCGCAAUCCUGUUUUGAUCAACACUCUCAGCCAAUCCGACAUGCAUUUUCUAUUCUCCAACAUCGAGGAGGUCAUGAAAGCCAGUGAAAGGCCUCUUGAUAUUUCCAGGUUCCUGAUGGAUCUCGAGCACCGAAUAGAGAAGUCUAUUUUGAUUUCGGAUGUGUGUGACAUUGUUUACAACCAUGCUGUGGAGCAUUUCAGUGUCUUCAUCAAAUACGUUAUCAACCAGGUAUACCAGGAGAAGAACUACAGACGUAUUUUAGAGGGGAACCAGGCGUUUCGGGAGGCCAUGGCCUCACUGGAGAAUCAUCCUUGUGUCCGGGGGCUGUCCUUUACCUCAUUCCUCAUCCUUCCUUUCCAGAGGAUCACAAGGCUCAAGCUGCUCGUACAAAAUAUCCUGAAAAAAGCUGAAGAAAACUCGGAGAGGGAAGCAAAUGCUAUAAAAGCCCAUCAGCAGCUGGAGCAGAUUGUGAAAGAAUGUAACGAGGGUGUGAGAAAAAUGAGUCGCACCGAGGAGCUUAUCAGAAUAGAGAAAACACUAGAGUUUAAAUCCAAGUCUGUGCCCAUCAUUUCUCACUCACGCUGGCUGCUAAAGAAGGGUGAAUUGCAGCUAAUGGCUGGACCAAAAAGCACUAGGACCAUGCGGAGUCGUAAACUCUACCAACCAGUGUACUUGUUCCUGUUUAACAAUCUGCUGCUGGUCACCAAGCGCAGCUCGAGUGGAGACAAGUUCCAGGUUCUCGACUCAUGCUCACGGGCCAUGUUGAGGACUGAAGACCUCGAAGACCAGGGCCAGCUGCUGGCCAGCGUCUUUAAUCUUAAACUACUGGAGAACCAAGAGGAUCGUCCUGUCAAUUUCAUGCUCAAGAGCGCCAGCAUGAGUGACAAGCUGCGAUGGAUAUGUGCUCUCACUCCAAACCGGCGUACACGAUUUAUGUCUACCAGCACCCACCAGCCAGACACUCCACAGGUGCAGUGUAUUCAGUCAUAUUCAUCUCAGGAGCCGGAUGAACUCUCCAUUGAGAUGGCUGAUGUUUUGAACCUCCUGGAGAGAACAGAUGAUGGCUGGAUGAUGGGUGAACGGCUCCAUGAUGGUGAAAGGGGAUGGUUUCCUAGUCGAGUUGUGGAGGAGAUACAGAGCAAGGAGAUCCGAGCUCAGAACCUGAGAGAGGCCUUUAGAAUCCAGCUAGCCCAGGAAGGUGGAGGAGGCUCGCAAACCGGAGCCAGGGUUGGUGUGAGGGCAGCGAGACGCACCCCUAAGGUGUCCAGCUUCUCCGGUCCUUGAAUUGAUCAAAUGGGGGAAAGCAGUGACAUAAAGCAGUGAAUCUGUAACAGUGAUGAAUGUCACCAUUCAAGAUCAUAUGCACUAAGAGAAAAGUAAUCAGAAUACAUGUGACUUAAUUCCUUUACAAUGACAACAUGUCCUUUUGAUUUUCAUUUGCUGUGGAUGGCUUGUACAAAUCCACAGAUGAUCAAAGUGCUUGAGUCAGUAACCUUGAACAAGUUACCCUGCAUGUCUCCUAUGCAUUUUUAGUGACUGUAUUGUAGGUCCACAUGCUGUGGUGUGUAAUGCAUGGUGCAAAGCUCUGUAUUUGGUUAGGAGCUUUGUGUAGGAAUGGCAACAACCCUAGCAGUCUAAAGGUAAUGCUGCAUGGGCAAGUUUUAAAACCUUUAAUGUUUUCAUUUCAUUGUAUAAUUCCCACAACACAAGCAUUCAACAUACGGUGGCCCUGCUCAAUGCAAUGAAACUUAAAAAGAAAAACACAUAACAAAAGAAGAAAUUUUUGUUUUUGGUGAAUUUGGCAACAUAUUCAGCAUUUAGAAAGAAAUGAGCGUGGAGACAAUCAAAUACAGAAAACAACCCAAACAACACAAUCAAGUACAAACACUAAUCACGUCAUACAUAGCACAAAAUAAAUUUGUUUGAAACAACAACAAACAAACUCAUUUACUUUGUGUAAAUAAGCUGCUGGAGCCCUGUUGUUUUACACUUGUGUUCUAUUACUUUGUUUUGGGUAUAUGCAGCAAAAUCUUUGAAAAUUCACUAAAAUUGACAGAUGGGUUGCAAAUUCCACCCAGUAGCCAGGCACCAAAAAAAAAGACAAAGAGAUAAAUACAAUCAUUGACCACAAGAUAGCAUAGCCAGACUAAUACUUCAUUUCUGAUUUCCAAGAGGCGUUACCAACAGACACAGACCUAAAUGCCUCCAGAAGCAAACAGCUCUGUGCGUCUUCCCUGCCAGAAGUGUUCUGUUUGGUUUGUUUAAUGCUGCUCGGUUGCUCAAUUCAGGAUGUUUUCUGCGUUUGCUGGUGUUUUGGCUAUUUGCAUGAGUGCAGUGCAUUGAGCUUGCAGGGUGUUUGUUUAAUAAAACAAAUACAAUGAACAAUGUAAAAUCACCAAAGGUCUGCGUAUAUAAAACAUGAAACAUAUGAAACACUUACGGUCACAACAGCGUCAGGACAUCCACAGAAAUCAGAGGUGUCGGCUAGUAAUGAAUUGAGCCAAUGCAAGAUACACAGAGUUGUGGGUUUUUUUCUUAAUAUUUUGCUAUGCUGGCUGAACACACUCUAACCAAAACAAACUUUUAUUUACCAAAUUAUCAAUUAGACAGAACAGAUUGGCUUUGCAGUCUCUCCUCUGCCAAGGUGUAAUUUCAUUUUACAUCUCUGGUUUUACAACAAUGACAGGUAACAUCAUGAACAACCCACAUUAAAUAUCCAUAAAGUGAGAGACAACAGAUACGGCACAACAAAAUUUCCCAGCAAAAACUCCCACAUGUCCACAAAUGAUUUAAUUGAUUAACUUGUUCAUGAUACACAAACAUACAUACAUACAUACAUACUCUGUAAAUACAUCACAUAAAUGUGAUUGCAUGUCUUUGUUUUAUAGUGUAUAUGUACAUGGAGAAGUACAAAGUAAUAUGGUACCAAAUGUCCACGUCCUAUGAUGAAACAACUACCCUGUUGAUAUUGACCAAACACACAAAUACACAAUAACAAUUUAAUGCCAAAUCACUGCAAUAUGUCAUGAAUGCCUGUGUCUUAAAGAGUUUGUGUACAGUUCUGCAAUGUUUAAAGUAAUAAUUACUGAAUAAUUAUUAUAUUUUGUAAUAUGUAAAUUAUUGUUCAUAAAAAAGCACUGAUCAGA